AUGCGCAGGUCACAUCUUGCACGGCGACGGCCAUUGUGCUCUUCACCUGUGCUUGCCAAGGACGCCGGGAGAGGAACUCUGAGGGGCUGAGUCCGAUCCUGAGGCAGAGACAUGUUUUUUCCUUUGGCAAGGGGAGCUCUGCGCUUCGCGGCUCGUGGCGUGCAGCGUACUGCGGCAAGACAAGUUCACCACAAACAUGGGCCUGAUUUUCAUGACAAAUAUGGCAACUUGAUUUUACUUGGUGGGGCUCUGUUUUGUGUCUCCAUUUGGAGCUAUGUUGUAACACAAACAGGGAUAGAAUGGAAUUUGUCUCCUGUUGGUCGAAUUACCCCAAAAGAAUGGAGAGAGGAGUAGAGAUGCUGGGUUAAAUCCUCUGCUGAAAAGUUGGGAGCAGCCAUGGGUUCGCUGGAGCUUUUAUUGGAAUAUCCUAAUACUUUGCCUGUAGAGGACACAAUUAUCUGUGAUUUAAUAAAUGCAUUUAAACAUUAAAAUUA